AGCCCCAGGGGCGCUAAAGAGUGGCCGGAUCGGCCGCAUUUUGCCAUGGACAAGGUCCAUGCAACCGAACGCAGACGGUAUUCAGCUGGCAGCAGGAGAUGGUGUCGAUCGCUUCGAUAUCUUCGAGUUCCUGGACCGAAUCGAGGACUACCAUCCCAGCCAUUUGGUUGCGUGGCUUCAAUCACGAUUGGUGACCAUCGAAGAGCUUCCAGCAGUCAACAGGCCCUUCCAGGACCACUACGGGAAGUUGGAGGUUCCUCCAGAUGCCGAUCUGGCCAGCAUCCGGCGCGCGUACCGGAAGCUGGCGCUGUUGACGCAUCCGGAAUGAUGCGCAACUGACCAAUUCGACGAGAGCCUGAGAAGAGGGAGACGAGACAACUGUGAGGAGGUGUCUCGCGCGUAUGAGAUUCUGACAGACCCAGCCCAGCGAGAGGCGCACGACCAGGAGCGUUUACGCCGAGCUGCUGCUUUGGAGGAAGCUGCACUGCGUACCUUGAAGUUGAGAUUCAGGCCAAGCCGCGAUGUGGCGAGCGAUUUCGGCCGCGACUUGGAGAACCUCACGGGCCGUGCGCGCGAGGUUUUGUGGUCUGCCAUGGGCUCCCUACACAGCAUGGUUGCAGUCCAGUUUGCUGAAAAACAGCCUGCGGAGCCUCAGACUGCUGCAGGUCCUGAAGGGUCCAAUUUCUUGUAAGGCAUGCUUGAGUGAAGUCACGUCUCACGUAGGAGAUCUCUACUGGCACUCGAUCUUGUACAUAGUCCGAACCGACUUGAGUCCGCCCAAUCUCCGUUCCAAAAGCGAGAAGUGCUUAUACAAGCUCACGAGCUUGAUGCCGUCAUACCAUGUACCUCAGUUGGCACUGGGAGAUUCCCAAGUACAUGCAAUUGAAGUGGCGGUCAGCAGUCUUUGGUCCAGAAGAGCGUAGUUCGAC